AGUGGGCGACCACACACCCUACACGUCUUAUCCUUACCAUCAUGUAGACCUGCAUUUUGAUUAUGCUGCUGGUUCCUAUACACAUCAGUUGCAAAGUGCAAACAACGCUGCUUUUGAUUUUGUUUAAAAAGUACCAGUGGCAUAAGAUAGCGACUUCAGUCGGUAAGGGAAAUUUAGAUUCAAUUAAGUUAGAUUUUGUUUAGGUCAUUUCAAUAACCAAAGGUUAAUACAUGGAAUUUUGUGCGAGGCGAACUUGAUAACAUAGAGCAAGGAUUCAAGAUAAGAGAUACAGUAAAUCUUACCAAUAGCGGCUUCUUAUGUAACCCUCUAUUGCCUCUCUUGAAGAGGCCGAAGUAAGCCGUAUUUAGGGAUAUUAAAAAGUCUAAGGAGAAAAAACAUUGUUUUGGAAAAAAAGUCAACAAACGGAAUAUCUGUCCCCCUUACCCAGUUACGCUGUCCUUAUCUUUUGAAGUCACUAACCUUGCUAAUUUGGGGUGGGGGAGCUCUGCCAUCCAUAUUCCCCUCUAUGCUAUCCUAAUCUCCUAUCUUCUUGAUCUAUAUCCCCAUCAAGCUUUGGGACCUGGGGGAAAGCAGGAUUUUAGGGUUAGGGAAGCCAGAUUAUGUCAAAUUUGGACAUUCAUGAGAAGUCUAAGAAUGAAAUGCCAUAUUUUUAAAACUGGGAAACUCUACCCUAGCAUAACUUUACCUAACAUAAUGUAACCUAACCUAGCUGGGGGCUUCAACCCCCUGGACCCCCCUUAAGGACACUAACCUAACUUAAAAGGGGGCUUUCCCCCCUGAACACCUCCCCCAACCUUAAGAGUACUAAGCUAAUCUAACAUCACAUAACCUAACCUGACCUGGUAGGGCUUUGCCACACCUGGAAACUCUCUUAAGGACACUAACCUAACCUAACUAGGAGGUUGUCAAUCACCACAUAUACAUGUGGUAAUUGGCUGAAAAUAGUUGAUGCAUUGGCCAGAAGUAAACAAUGUUUGAUGACAUUCUAAUACAUCAUUAAAAGGACAGUUCUCACUGGCUGAAGGAAAGCAAUACAAGAGAGCAUGAGUCAUUAUAUAAUGAAAACCAACAUACUAACACAAGCAUUACACUGUAUCCCACCAAGUGAGCCUUGUCGGCAUGGACUUAGAAUUUGUGAUGUAGCACAAGACAUGUCAUGUCAAUGUAACGUAACCAUGCAUGACCCCUAAACAAAAACCCCACACCUGUGUUGUACAGUGAGUAUUCACCAUGUGCAUUAAUUUAGCUGCUCCAUGAGGAGCCACUCUUGGUAAGGUUAUCCAGAUAUACAAUUGUAAUGAUAUACAGUAUAAUUUUACACAGCAAGUGUCGGAGAUAUCCAGGCUUUUGAUCCCUAGAAUGACCUAAUGCACUAUUGCUGGUUUAGCCAUGUUGAAAGGAUACUUAAUGAAGAAUUUGUAAAGUAGCAUGCGUAUGUGAAAUCAUAAGUAAAUAUUAAUAGGAAAGGGAGAUCACUGGGAAAGAGGAAAAGGUAAAGUUGGAGGUGCACACUGUAGCUACACAUACCUUGGUGAUUAUCUCCAUCUCACUGACCUUUGAGCAUCUGGUAGAUGAUACUCCUUACCCAAGACACAGGAAUACAGUGACAUUAGGAUUGAAAGGAGAAAGAAUAGUAAAAAAGAGAAAAUGCAAGAAAGGAGCAUUAGUACAGCAGGAGCAGUUGCAUAAAAAAGAAAGAAAUGUAUGGAUCAGAAGUCAGAUGUUCUGUGGCUUUCCCAUGUAAAUUGUUUAAUUCCUGAAUGUUUGGACAUCCAAGAAAAAGUCAUGCGGGUAAGUCCAGGUGCCAUCGUGUGGACAUUGCUGGUCUUAGGAGGUGCCUCUCUAGUUGGUCAAGUUGUGAGAGUUCUAAGCAUUGAUGUGGAUGAAACACUUCAAGAUUAUAAGAAUGAUAGGAACCAGUCAAGAGGACCAUAUGAUGGUCUUGGCUCAUCAGAUGAUCACAUCCUGUGGUUUAUGCAAAUCUCAGACCUUCAUCUCAGUCUCUUUCAAGAUUCUACCAGAUCUACAGAGCUGAUGGAGUUUGCCUCUAUAACAGUGAACAGCAUCAGGCCAGCAGUGGUCUUAGCCUCAGGUGAUUUGACCGAUGCCAAAAAUGCUGACAUGUUGGGUUCUCAGCAGUAUGUAGAGGAAUGGGCCACUUACAGUGAUGUUCUGAAGAACAGUGGAGUUCUUAACAAAACUACUUGGCUUGAUAUCCGAGGAAACCAUGACAAUUUCAAUGUGCCUUCAUUAAGAAGUGAGGAGAACUUGUAUCAGCAUUAUAGUGUCCAGGGGCCUCAUCAUUCUCGCUCCUACAGUUACACUCUCAAGCAAGGUGGCCAAUCUGUAACGUUCAUAGCUGUUGAUGCCUGUCUUCUCCCAGGCCCAAGAAGACCAUUCAAUUUUAUUGGAAUGGUAACAUCCUCCGAGAUGCGUCUACUGGAGGAGUUUGAGAGGGCCAGCCGUAAGAGCAACUACACCAUCUGGUUUGGUCAUUAUCCUACUUCAUGCAUCCUCUCCCCUGAGCCAGGCAUUCGGCGGGUUAUGGGUCGAGGUUUAGCUUAUCUCUGUGGACACCUGCACACUCUGGCAGGUCUUGUUCCUAAUAUGUACACCCGACAACACACAGGCUCUCUUGAGCUGGAGCUUGGGGACUGGAAAGACAGCCGACUUUUUCGCGUAGCUGCAAUAGACCAUGGCCUGUUUUCUUUUACUGAUGUGAAGCACGCCUCAUGGCCUGUUAUCCUCGUAACAAACCCUAAGCAUGCGCUGUUUGCUAUGAAGCACCAUGAGCCACUGCACCUUAUCCAGGAGUCCACACACAUCAGCUGUGCUUUUCUUUGCAGGGUGUUGGUUUGGUCUCUAUCAUCUAUUGUGGAGGCCAGAGUGAGGAUUGGAAAAGGGCCAUGGCUUACCUUGACACAAGUAAAAGAGGGGCCUCUUUUCGUUGCAUCUUGGAACCCACAGAAAUACUUGGCAGAGCUUCACACACUUACGUUCCAGUUCCUGUUUGGCAUUAUGGUAUGUGUGUGUGUGCUGCCUCUGUGCAUCCUGCGCUAUGUUCACCGUCUGGCCCUUGAAAAGCGAAUGAUUCGACCAAGAUUGAGAUGGAAAUUCUGCGACCUAUGGCUACGCAAACUAUGGGUCCUGGUGUCAGUGGACCGGCUCUUUUGGCCUCUAGUUGUGAGCGCUGUUUAUGUGCCUGUUGGGCCAUGGUUUGUUGGAGAAGUCAUUGAAGAUCAUAUUGGAGUAGUGUUUGCCUGGGGCAUAUUUGUUAAUAGAAGCUACUUGCCAGGUUCAUUGACAUAUGCUUAUGGAUUUUUCCAGAUGCUGACCUUCCAGUUUCCUCUCAUCCUUGCAGUUGCACACUGUGUUGAAUUUAGAUUUUGGUCAUUGUAUGUUGACCCACUAUGCAGCUUUCCUCGUUACUUAUGCCGUCAUGUGUGCCCACUUCUCAUUGUCACACUGCAGAUGAUCACUGCUUUUUUCUUCUGGCUAGCAUAUGGAACUAUGGCUCUCUUUUUGGGCCCACUUCGUACCUGGUCUGCAGUUUUGGGAUUGAUAUUAUGGUACCAGGCUGCAACUGUUCAUAAAGAUGUUUUAAGGGAGGCUGCUCAGGUUUGGGUUCCCCAGCCCCUAGCCUGGGAGGAGGAAAAGAGUGAGAGUCAAGCACACAUGUCCCAGAGCUCACUGUGAUGUCAUCAGUAUUCCUUUCAAUAAGGUAAACAUACUCCAUCACAGGUUAAUUAUUAUGUAGUAUUUAUUUACAUUACAAGAGCUUUCAUCAUAAGAAGUUAUAUACUUACUCCAAUAAAGCAUCUUACAUGGACAGUUUAAGAGAACACUAGAUCUAUAAAGGAUGUCUGUGAAGUAAACGAUAAGGAUGAAUGGAGAGUAGUUGUAAAUGUACAAGUUGUGAUGUGGCUUUGAGGGUCUCUAUGGGAAGUUUGCCAGAUCUGCUCCACUUGGCUGAUCAAGUUAGAUAUGAAAAAAUGUGAAUGGUAAAGGUGGACCAUAUGCUGUAGCUGCAUGUGGCCUCAGUGCUCAUUGCCAUAUCAAUGACCUGUGUUGGAUUGUGUCCCUUAACCUGGGACACAGGGCCAAAGAAAGGAUGAACAGCUGGAUGAGAUGUGUACCAUCUGCCUCAGCCCAGAUUUAGACUGAGGCCCAUGAAUUGGUAACCAACCACACAAUAAGUGGAUGGGUCUGUUACAAUGUUGUACAGUCUAUGAUGCAGAAAGACUUGGGUACACUGCAUGGCUUAUCAUCUUACCAUAUGUUUAGUAAAAACGUCUCUUUCCACCAAGAGGCCUUAAGGGUAGGAUGUGAGGGAAUGUCUGGAGUGUCAUCAUAAGUGAGUGUGUGCAUGUGGCACUUGGUCAUGACCAUCCCUUUUUCAUAGGAGGAUAUUGGCCUGAAAUAUAGACUUUAAGAAAUUUUGUGAUCCAGUUAUUAGUGCAUUCAGUGUUGCAUAGUUGCAUUUUAUAUUUCUUUGUACUUUUUACACUUGUAUAAUUAUUUAUUCUGUUUGUAUAUAUUUAUUUUCUGAAAUAAGAAAUUCUCAUCCAGCAGUGUCUUUACAUAGUGUUCUGCAUAAAUCUUAGUUGUAGAGAGUCAUGUGUAUUUCAGUUGUUUGAGGUUGGCUAUUCUGCUCAAAGCAUGAUCUAUAGAAAGAUUCUCUCCAUUAGGAAUGUAAACCAUUCCUCAUUCAUGUCAUACAUAUGCUCAUUACACAACAGUAGGAAUGUUUAUACAUUGACAGUUCCUUUUAUGUAUUCCUUUAUUGAUCUUCCAGUGAGCUUGAAUGAUAAUAUUGUGUAUUAGGAUUAGAAUAACUUUUGACUCAUCCCGCAUUAGCUAGUCAUAAGAGUAGCUAAUAUAUAAAGCUACAACAGAUUGGGACGACGAGAAACAUCACAAGGUAAAUAUACACAUUUUAAUGGAUUAUUGUCAUCUAAAGUGUGAGUCAGUGAGUUUGGUGCAAUGAUGUGCUGGACAUUUUCCUAUUCUGAGAAAUUCUCAACCAUCUGUAGGUAAAAUAUUUAUUUAUUUUUUUUUAAAUAUCCAGCAAGUCACCUAUUGACUUGGCUGUGUUUGAUUGUGGAUGUAGUUGAUAAACUUUUAAUGGAGUGUGGCUGGUGUAGGGUCACAUUUUGCUUUCUUCUGAUAGGUGCCAGUGAAACCUCAUUAGGUAACGUAGUGUAACUUUAUAGUCACUGUAGUCUGUUAUCUGCUUAUUGGGGACCUGUGACAAAAUAGGCAUUGAGCCUGCAUGUACCAUUCUUUCCUGAAGUUUAUUCUACCCUAAAAAUGGUAGUUAAUAAUGAACCAGGUUAACAAAAAACUAGAUUCACUACAGCCUAUGAUCUAUUUGCGGGGUGCAUGUGAAAAAAAUAAAAUAAAUAAAAUAACAGCCUGCAUGCCCCACUCAUUCACAGAGUUAAGUCUCUUAAAAGUAACAUUUUUUAAUAGAGCAAGUCAGUUAAAAUCUAGAUUCCCUAUAUUGUAUAUCAGUUUCUCACUUUGCAAAAUUUAUGGCUUUGAUGUAAGAAUAGAAGUUAUUAACUAACCUCCAAAACAUGUUCAAGUUUAUUAUAAAACUGUCUUUCAGAAAUGUAUGCAUUCUCUUACAGUUACAGAUAAUGUAUCUGUAAUAUGCAGGGAUAGUAGGUAGUUUAUGCCAGCAGUAAGUGGUGACUGAGGCAUAAUUUUCAGGGGAAUCUCAUUUGUGAGAUAAUUAUAUAUGUAAAUAAGAUGCCAUUUUUUGGAAGCAGAAUUUACAGUAUAUCUUUAUGCAUUAGAUUCAUACCUUGUUAGAUGGUUUGACUCAUUGUAGAUUAGUGGAAAAUCAUCCCUGUAUUAUUCACCUUUGUAUGUGUGAACUUUGUGGAGGAACAUAUGACACUAACUUAACUUCCUCAGCUUUCAUCAUUCUGAAGGGAAAAUAAGGCACAUCUAUAAUGGCCAUUUCACCUUUUCAAUCCUUAUACCCCGUGAUUUAACUAUGAUCGAUUAACUUGGAAUAUCAUUUCAUAAACUUUCUGUAUCAAUAUUGUCCUCACAGAAAAGUUAUAGUGCUUGAGCAUGGCCUUUUUAUCACAUGUUAAAGUGUUUGACAAAUAUCUCACAUUCUCAAUCAUAGCACAAUUUAUUUACCUAUUUAUUUAUUAUUAAUAUAGUUGUAGAUUUAUUUGUGUUUAAAUUAUUAGAACAUCUGGUCUCUCUCUCUCUCUCUCUCUCUCUCUCUCUCUCUCUCUCUCUCUCUCUCUCUCUCUCUCUCUCUCUCUCUCUCUCUCUCUCUCUCUCUCUCUCUCUCUCUCUCUCUCUCUCUCUCUCUCUAAAGGUUUGGAAUUGAUUGAAGCAGAAAACAUUCUAUAAGGCAGCUUUUUAUGCUUUUUUGUUUAUAUAUAUAUAUAUAUAUAUAUAUAUAUAUAUAUAUAUAUAUAUAUAUAUAUAUAUAUAUAUAUAUAUAUAUAUAUAUAUAGUGUCCCAAGAGGAAAAUCACAUAUUCCCAGAAAUGAAAGAUCAAGUCAUUCAGGAGUAUUCUGUAGUCAAAUACUUUUAACGCCAUGGUUUAGAAGUUACAUGACAUUUUAACAUGAACACUAUCAGUGGGAAGUGGCUGCACAUGGGCCGUCCUGCAACAUCCAGCUGGUUGUUAUUGCCAUAUGGCAUUCAUUAUGUUUUAGCUAUUAUUUGUUACAACAAUACACUGCAUUCUUGAAUUCAGUUAUAUCUUUGUUUUAAUAUUUUUUUAAAACAUUCUCAUGAUGCCAACACUCACCAUUGCUGCCCUCUCUUCCCCUUUCCCCACUCUCCCUUGCCAAUUUGAGCUUGUUCAUAUUAAAAUGUCCUCUAACUUCUAAACCAUAGUGUAAGAAGCAUUUGACCAUAGAAUAUUUCCAACUUAAAGUGACUUGGUUUUUCAUAUCUGAGAAUAUGUGGCUUUCCUCCCAGGACACCUGAUGUGUGUGUGCAUAUAUAUAUAUAUAUAUAUAUAUAUAUAUAUAUAUAUAUAUAUAUAUAUAUAUAUAUAUAUAUAUAUAUAUAUAUAUAUAUAUAUAUAUAUAUAUAUAUAUAUAUAUAUAUAUGUGUGUGUGUGUGUGUGUGUGUGUGUAAUUUUAUGUUCUUUCAUCUCAGUACUUUACUGACAUUACAAAGUGCUGAUUGUUGAGAAUGAUAGAAUGAAAAAUUGCUGAAGGACUGUAAGGCUCUUAAUGGGCAAAUGGUAAUGUUAAUUUGAGUCAUGUAUGAUAAUGUUGAGUGUAGCAUUAUAAAAAAAAAAAAAAAUGGAUGUAGUUGGUCAUAUGUAAGUACAUAGACAGUCAUGAUGUAAUUUUCUUGAUAUGCAUGUUAGAAAUUGGGGGCAUUGUAAUUUUAUUGUAUGAUUAUUUAUUUUUCAAUGGAGUGAAAUGUAAUGCAAAGCACAAAGAUUAAUUCAUAAGCCAUAACUAUGCAGUACAUUUCCCUGCUCUUUAAUGAAACUUUCUACUUAAUAAUAUGUGCCAAUUUUUUUUUUUUUUUUUUUUUUUUUCUUUUUUCUUUUUGCAUUUGAUACAUUGUACUGAUCAUCUUUGUUAUUACAGAAGCAUUCUUGAGAACUCUAGUCAUAACACAGUAGGGUCUCGAAUAGUGUGAUUUGCAAAUAGAAUAUUUCAUAACAGGAAGUUGUGUGAGUAGAUGUCAAAUAUUGCAAGCCACAAACCAAAUUGGAAGAAUCUCAAUGAGAAACUGAAUGACUUGAGCAAAAAUCAAAUAGCUUACCCUACAUUAUGAUGGCAUUGAUGUGUUAGGCCUUAGCAGCUACUACCCAGUAGCUUUAGAUUCUGUGUCUUCUGUAUGUUUAGGCAUGUAUAAUUAAGAUUAAAAACACUAUGAUAUCUAUAACGAUAAUAGAUACAUACAUGCCUUUCUCUUGCAUCUAGCACCUUUCUCCCACAUCUAGAAAUCAAGAAAGCACUGGUUGGUGGACUGUCAAGUGCAGUGUUUAAUAGGAACAGGUUUGAUUGGCAGGUUAAAAACUGGAGAACUAACUGCUGAUGAUCACUGUGCCCCCCACAACAGUUUCAUUAUGCAAAAUGAAGAUGAAGGAAUUAAUUUUUGUGUGAUUGAGAGGGUCAGACACAGCAUGCUUAAGUGGUUCAGUCAUGUAGAAAGAAUAGCAGAAAAUUGAUAACCGAGUGUAUACACCAGUGAUAGAUGUAGCAGGUGCUAAAGGAUAAUAUCCAAUUAAAUGGGAAGACAUAGUGCUACAAUAUAUGAUAGAAAAGGGUGAGAGGAGAAUGGGGGAUUUGAGAAUGCAAACACAGGCAUGAAUGGAGACUUAAGUUCCACACAUCCCCAUGGGGAGUUCUUAGGAACAGGCAUCAGAUGUAGAUAGAUGUUUAUUGGCUAAUUAAACUCUCUCUCUCUCUCUCUCUCUCUCUCUCUCUCUCUCUCUCUCUCUCUCUCUCUCUCUCUCUCUCUCUCUCUCUCUCUCUCUCUCUCUCUCUCUCUCUCUCUCUUAAAAUCAUUGAAAAAUCCUCAAGCAUUUCCCAAGAAAAAGGUUUGUGAUUGGCCUCGGAAUUAGCAACCAAAUCUACCUCUCAUCUAAUGUUGCCUGAGUACCAGACUUACAGACUCCUUUAUAACUGCAGAAGUGCCACAUACAACAAAGAAGAAAACUUGCCUAAAGCAUUUUGCUGGUGUUAGUUCACAACUAAUAAGAAUGAAACUCAGGUUUAUUUGAUUUGGUAAACCUGGUCUAUACUUGUUAUUUUCAUGGUAAAAUUAUAAUGAUUAGUGCAUUGGUAAUGAGGUACGCCACAUACACCCCAAUGUUUAAAGUUUUCCCUUGGAUUUCAAUACAGUGGGUAUUAAUCAAAGACAUGUUUUUUGAGAUCCAAGUAUAGUGACCAGACAGUCAAGGCAAGCUAGAAUUCAGUGAGGUGUUGGUAAUCCUUAUCAUUCUGGAACUGUACAGUUACUUUAAAUAUCCUGACACAGGUUCAUUGCCCAAUAAUAGCCUCUCAUGGCCAGUAUAUUCCACUUUCACAUCAAUGUUUCUUGUGUAUUCAUCAUGUUCCAAAGCUGGGCAUAGCACAUGGGAGCUUCUAAAAGUCAAAUCUCUAAGAAAAUGCAUAGUAUUUGGGCAAGAAAAACAUGGGCUGGGAACUAUUCCCAUGCUGGCUCUAAUGAUUUUAUUUUUGUUUACUUAUUAAUUUAUUUAUGUAUUAACUGUGGAAUUAGUGUAAAUUUAGUGUUUUAAUUUCUUUCUUAUCUUUCUUUCUUUAUAUAUUUAUUUAUUUAUCUAUUUAUAUUCUUGCUGAUAGGAAUUUUGUAAAUCACCUUUUUUUUUUUAUAGUGAUCAUCAGAGGUUACUGACCAUUUCAAGAGAGAUGGAGUUUUCUCUAUAAUAAAAAUUCAUCUUCAUUGCUGUGAAAGCACAAGACAUAAUAUAGAUGUAUCAAAUAGCACACACACACGUACAUUCUGAAGCUACUCGAGACUCUACUGUACUGCAGUGUAGGUAUACUUGGCAUUUCUGGUAACUAAAACAAGUACCAUUAGGUAAGAACAAAAAUAAUAAAGAAAGCCACCUUGUAAUCAAAAUAAGACCUGCCUAUACUCCAAGCAUGCUGUUCAUUCCUGUGAUAAUGUAGUGCUUAGUGUUGUAGCCUACAUAUUAGUAUAUAUUGUGCUCCAAGUGAUAUGAAAAGACAAAACUAAUAAUGUAUGAAUCAAGGAGUGGAUUAUAAAUAAAAUGUUGAUUAUCUCUUAAA